GUUGUUUUACUGAAACUUUAGAUGGCAGCAGCAACAGCUCUUAUAAGAACAUGGGAAACAUUUUUUGGCUAACGUACUAGAACGUCCUUCACUUUUGACAAUUUACGUGUUGUUGCGACGGCUGAGUCCUAGCUCGAUUGGAGUAAUUUUUAGAUAUAAACAAAAAUGCGUGUAACAUCAGCCCUUUCCGGUCAACAUUUUGGCAACUUGGCCAAAGUUCAUGGCAUUGUGACAUACAAACUCUCGCCCUACGAGCAGCGGGCCUUCGCUGGAGCUAUCAGCAAAGGACUUCCAAAUAUCUUUAGGCGUCUGCGAUCAAAUGUGUUCCGUGUAGUACCUCCCUUUAUCAUCGGCUACCUCGUCUACGACUUAGUCGAGAAGGAGCACACUCGCUUGACCCGCAAAAAUCCAGCCGAUUUCGCCAAUGAUGAAUAAGCGCGUGAUUAGUUGUAGAUUUUUCCGAGUAUAGUUGAAAUUUAAUAUAUAUUGGAAAUUGUCCGAAAGUCAA